AUGGCUCGUCUCUCGCUCGCUGUUCUCUCCGUCUUUCUCGCUCUUUUCCCUUCGGCACUCGCAAAAAAUGUCGCCCGCGACGCCAAUGGUGUAUUCUCGACUUGCAACCACGACUUUGCUUUUACCUGGGAUGAUGGUCCAUACGAAUGGACAGAAGAAAUUGUAGAUGAAUUUGACUGCAUGGCUGGCAAGACGACGCUUUUCGUCAGCGGUACCACUGGAGGCUGUAUAUACUCGCCGGAUAAUGUUUCACGAUUGCGAUAUGCAUUCGAAGCGGGCCACCAGAUUGCCUCGCACGCAUGGAGGGACGUGGACAUGAACUCCAUGACGAAUGCACAAAUUGAUGAACAGAUUCAGCGUUUGGACGAAGCCAUUAUCAAGAUUCUCGGUGUCCGUCCAAAGGUCUUCCGUGCACCAGUCACUCUCACAUCAUCUUCGGUCAUCUCGUAUAUACAAUCCAAGCAUGGCAAGACCAUUGUUACCUCGGAUGCGCCAUCCAACGACGCCGCACAGGGUGCGACGGGCUCCUCCGUGUAUGCAUUUUUCCAAUCCCUCGCCGCAGGCGGCGCGUCGACCAGGCGCAUCUCCCAGUCGACCGAAACCUCGCAGGCGGCGUUGGAUGGGAUGGAUCAGGGAAGCGUCGAAGUUCUCGCUACCGCCGGCAUCAGGCUCGUCACCGUCGCGCAGUGCUUGGACAUUAACCCGUAUGAGACCGUAGGGUCGUAUGGUGUGCGUGAUAGCUCGUGGACGUGCGAUGGUACUUGGACUGCACCGGCUACGUCUACCAACUGUCAACAAACGUAUACCGCCCAAGCUGGCGAGAACACCUGCAGCAAAAUUGCUGCAAAGUUCUCCGGACUCUCUGGCUCAGACAUUUACUUUGCAAAUCCGUCGCUAAAUUGCCAAGACAUCUGGCAAUGGACGUCAAUUUGCAUUCCUCCUGCCUCCGGAACCACGACGAUCCCGUGUAGUCAGACAUAUGCCACUCAGCCAGGCGAGAAUACAUGCUCCAAGAUUGCCACCAAGUUUGGCACAUCCGCUGAGCUUGUCUCAGCUGCCAAUCGACAGGUUAAUUGCCAGGAUAUUUGGACCGGAACGCCACUGUGCAUACCGCAAGCCACCGCCACCACCUCGUCGUCUACCCCUGGCCCGACUGGAACGAACGGCUGCAGCGCGUAUACGGCGCAGGCUGGUGAUACUUGCACAAAGCUCGCCACAAAGUUCGGCACUACGGUGGCCUCGAUCAAGGCUUCGAACCCUUCGUGGCUCAACUGUGACGAUAUUUGGGCAAAUACUCCUCUUACCAUUUGCGUGGGAUCCACCAGCACUUCUACCUCCUCGGCCAGUACGUCGACCUCGAGCGGAUCUGCCUGUAACGCGUACACUGCCCAGUCUGGCGAUACCUGCACCAAACUUGCGACGAAAUUCGGCACUACGGUGGACUCGAUCAAGGCUUCAAACCCAUCGUGGCUCAACUGUGACGAUAUCUGGGCAAACACACCGCUCACCAUUUGCGCAGCCAGUGGAUCGACGUCGACGUCCUCCAGUUCUACUUCGACAUCAUCUAGUAACGGGAACAAUGUCUGCAGCUCGUAUAGUGCACAAAGCGGAGACAAUUGUACCAAGUUGGCCGCCAAGUUUGGAACGACCGUCGCUUUGAUCAAGUCUUCGAACCCUUCGUGGCUUAACUGCGAUGAUAUCUGGGAGUGGACGCCACUCACCAUUUGCGUACCUGCUGGGGCAACCACAAGCACGCCGACGGAUGUCCAAACCUCUACGUCGACGAGCACGUCCAGCUCGGCCACUUCGACUGCUACGGAGACAUGCGUGACCAAGUACGCUGCUGGGGACAACGAGACGUGCAUUACCGUUGCUACCAAGUUUGGACUUUCGGCGACUGACAUUUUCAAUGCUAAUAAUUUCCUCAAUUGCAACUCGAUUUGGAAGUUUACACCAAUCUGUAUUCCUCCUGGAGGCAAAGGAUGCACAAAGACAAUCAACAGCUGGCCGGGGGCAACGUGUGCCAAUGUCGCGACUGCAUAUGGCACGACAGAGUCGAAUGUUCGUUUCUGGAAUGAUUUUGUGGACUGCAACUCGAUCUGGACGAACACGCCUCUCUGCGUGGCCCACUGA